AUGGAGAUUGAAAAAAACCAACCAAUGGUAGCAAAGAAAGUAUGGAAAACACUACGCAUAGUUUUAUUCAUGUUAACAAAAGGCAUAGCCAAAAGCAAAAUGGUAGCGGAAUUAAAUCUCUUGCUAAAGCGCGGCAAAGUCGCCGCCGUUAAAGCUAUCGCCAACACUCUCACUCUCCGCCACCAUUCCGCCGCCGCCUCGUUCGUCUCUCCCCACGACUACGAAUUCAGUUGCAGCAACAGUCCCGCCGUCGUUAAACUCCACAGCAAGAUUAAAAACCACCGUCACCACCACCACCACCACCACCAGAACGAGUUUUCUACCGUUCAGAAGGUUCUAGAGAUUCUCAAUGAUGUUGAUGCUUCUUCUUUUUCUUCUCCAUCUCCAAUGGUGACAUUUCCUGGAUUUGGAAAAAGUCCUAUCGGGAGAAAAAUCAGAAUCACGGAUUCGCCGUUUCCUCUGAAGGAAGAAGAAGGUGACGAUCAUAGCCAUGUUGACGUUGCAGCUGAAGAAUUUAUUAAAAGGUUUUAUAGAAAUCUCAAUUUGCAACAGAAACUGGCAGCAAUUCAAUCACCUUACAACAACUCACGCGAUAGAUAG